AUGAGUGAGGAAACGGAGAUAGCAGAUGAGAAAGACUGGAGGGAGCUUGAACCCAACUAUCCCGUCAAAAUCGUCCUGACAGUCUUUUACAGCCUCAUCCUGGUGACGGGUAUUGUGGGUAAUUCAGUCACUAUCAGGGUGACACAAGUUCUGAAGCGUAAUGGCUACCUGCAGAAGAACGUGACGGACCACAUGGUUAGCCUGGCGUGCUCGGACUUAUUGGUGCUCCUCAUCGGCAUGCCAGUAGAGCUGUACAGCGCCACCUGGUUCCCGUUCACGUCUGCAUCGGGCAACGUUUCCUGUAAGAUCUACAACUUCCUGUUCGAGGCUUGCAGCUACGCGACCAUCCUCAACGUAGCCACGCUUAGCUUUGAGCGCUACGUGGCGAUCUGCCACCCGUUUCGCUUCAAAGCCCUGGGCGGGAAACGCACCUCUGGCCUCAUCGCCUUUGCCUGGCUGGUGUCCCUGCUCGUGGCCCUGCCGCUGCUGUUUGCCACGGGAACGCAGGGACACAUUCCCCUCCUCCAGGACACGCCCGUCCAGAAUCUGACUUUCUGCACAAAUCUGAGGGAGCGCUGGGUGAUGUACAGGUGCAGCAUCUUUGUGGCUUUCAUCAUCUACAUGAUCGUGUUGAUGUGCGUGGCCUUCAUGUGCCGGGCCAUGAUCCUCGUCCUGCGGAAAACUUUGGGAUCCGUGGAAGGCGGCAUCGACGGACCUCAAAGAGGGGCCAAGCACGAAACUUCAAAGGUCAAGACGGCGAGGAAGCAGACCAUCAUUUUUCUUGGUCUCAUCGUGGGAUCCUUGAUGGUGUGCUGGCUUCCCAACCAGAUUCGUCGUCUUAUGAUGGCUGCCGUUCCCAAGUCCCGCUGGACCACUUCCUACUUCCGGAGCUACGUCACUCUCCACCCAGUGGCCGACACCUUCUUCUACCUCAGCUCCGUCAUCAACCCGUUCCUCUACAACCUCUCGUCCAGACAGUUCAGGGAGGUCUUCAUCCAGGUGCUGCGGUGCCGCCUCACCAUCGAACAUAUCAACAAGCGGACCCUGAAGAACUCCAACGCUGCCUCUGCACGCUCCCUCCAGCCCCUGCUGAUAAAGUCUCUACGUCGCAACAGGAACAGCCAGCCCACGCCUGCACAGGAGAAAACCCCUCCAACCCUCACAACCUUUCAGAAGCAAACUGACUCGGGGAUAGCGUCAACAUCUCGCAGCCUGACUGAAGAGUCUGAGUCAGUUCUCAAUGCAAACACAGAUGUACCAUCAGAGACCGAAAUCUAA